CCGAAUAUGAAAGCUUGAUAGGGAGAGACGGAGAGAGAGAGCCGUAAGCUGAAGCUUUUCAGUUUUCAGAUUCAUCAUCAACUGAUGAAGCCAACGAAGUUCUGCCCUGCUUCUUCCAUCUUCCUCCUUCUUGGUGCUCCAGCUGCGAUCUCCAGCGAGUCGUCAUCCCAUUCCAUCCUCCAUCUCCUUCAUCCUACUCAUCUCCCUUUCUCGUCUCGCCGUUGUCGGAGGUUUUCCUCGACCCCUAACCCUAAUUUAGACGACCCCAACCAGGUCUUGAGUUACGUGAGGAGAAAUUGCAGAGCUGGUGGUGGUGGGUUUACGAGUGUGGGUGAUGCCCUGUGUUGCUUCGGUAAAUUGAUAAAGGCGAGCCCUUUGCCUUCCUCCGGGGAUUUCAGUCUACUGUUGGGUGCUAUAGUGAGGAUGAAGCACUUCUCGACUGCCAUCCGCUUGAUUGAGCAGCUACCUUCUUUGGGGAUUGAGGAUGAUGUUGCCUUGCUGACCAUUUGGAUGAAUUGCUUCUGCCGGUUAAGGCAGGUUGAUUUGGGUUUGUGUAUCCUGGGCAGAAUCUUCAAGCUUGGGUUUCCCAUCACUGUGGUGACGUCGAGCACCCUGAUUGAUGGUCUCUUUAUUCAGGGCAAAACUGAUCAAGCGUUGAGGUUCCUCGAUAAUAUGGGACGAAAUGGCCCCGAACCUAAUGAGACUACGUAUGCGAUAGUUGCCAAGGGGCUAUGCAGGGCGGGUAACACCAGAUUGGCCAUCGAAUUGCUAAGGGACUGGGAAGAGAGAAGCUGCAGGAUCAAUUCCUUCACAUACAACAUAGUAAUCGAUGGUCUUUGCAAGGAGGGAUUGAUCACAGAGGCCUUGAGACUCCACGAAAGCAUGAGUAAGAAAGGUAUCAAACCAGAUGUUGUUACUUAUACCUCCUUGAUUCACAGUCUGUGCAAUGUAGGCCAGCUGGAAGAUGCUCUGGGAUUGUCGAAAGAAAUGACAAGCGCAGGCAUCCAACCUGACAUAUUCACUUAUGGCUCGUUGGUUCACUGCUUAUGCAACCUAGGCCAAUGGAAAGAUGCUAUGGUCUUGUUAGAGAAGAUGAUGGAGGCAGGAAUUGAACCGAACGCCGUUACUUAUACCUCUGUCAUUCAAGGAGUGUGCAAUUCUGGCCAAUUCAAAGAGGCCCGAAGACUGCUGAGUCAUAUGGUGCGAAGCAGAGUAAUGCCAGAUGUUCAAACCUUCACUAUUCUGGUGGAUGCACAUUGUAAAGAAGGAAUGCUUGCAGAGGCAAAGGCCGUAGUUGACCAGAUGAUUCAAUUAGGUAUUGUGCCUGAUAUUUUCACUUAUAAUACAUUGAUGAACGGUUAUUGUUUGCAAAAUAGAAUGGACGAAGCUAUGGAAGUGCUUAAUUGGAUGGUUAAAAGAGGCUGCUCGCCUAAUGUUGUUUGUUAUAACACGUUGAUUAAUGGAUACUGCAAAGGGAAAAGAGUUGACAAAUCAAAGAUGCUUUUCCAAGAAAUGCUGCAAAGGGGCUUGUAUCCUGAUGUCAUCACAUACAACACUCUCGUAAAUGGAUAUUGCCAGGUUGGGAACCUUCAAGCCGCAGGGGAGCUAAUUAACGAGAUGCAAUCUCGCAAUGUCUCUCUAGAUCGUUACACCUUGAGUGCUUUCCUGGAUGGCUUGUGUAAAACCCGACAGAUUGACAAGGCUAUGAUAUUGCUUCGAAAGAUGAUAGGUUCCAAAUUUGUCCCUAACAUUGUGGCUUACAAUAUCCUAAUAAAUGGCAUGUGUAAUGCUGGAAAACUCGACAAUGCAAAGGGGCUGUUUAAUUGUUUGCAUGCUCGAGGCUUGCAACCUAAUGUGUGGACAUAUAACAUUCUCAUGCGUGAGUUGUGCAAAGGAGGACGUACGGAGGAAGCAUAUCUGCUUCUAAAGGAGAUGGAAGGAAAUGGAUGCUUUCCAGACGGUGUCGCUUACAACACAAUGAUCCAAGGACUACUAAGAAAUAACGAAAAUACUAGAGUGGCGCAACUUGUUGAUGAAAAUGGUUGA